AUGAAUUCUACGUUGCUUUUCUCGUCGCUUGAGCUCCUGCGCGGAUGGGACGUCUCCCAGCACGUGCCUGGGUUGAGCAUCAACUACAUUGAAUUUUCUCCAAGCUCUUUCCUUGCACUUGGGACAGUGGCUGCAGUCCUCAUCCAUUGGGUCGUCAGUUGCUUCCGAGCCUCUCCCAAGUUAUCUCAGCUACCCGGACCUUGGUAUGCACCCUUUACCACGCUCCAUUUGAAAUGGGGUUUCGCAAGAGGCACCAUUUGGAAGGACGUGGAGAGGGGUCAUCGCAAGUAUGGUGAUGUUAUGCGCCUCGGACCUCGUCAAAUCUGGGUAGCGAGCAAAGAUGGCGUCCAGAAGAUCCUCCACACGAUCGACUUACCCAAGGUCACCAUGUACGCCGAGAUCUCCCGAGAUCGCAACUCUCCUGGGCUCUUCGGGGAAAUCCGCGCCGGGCCACAUUCCAAACUGAAGCGCUUCCUUGGACCUGCGUUCACCGUCACGUCGGUCGACAAACUGGAUUUCUUCUUCAAAGCUUGCACUACCACGCUCCUAGAGUGCUAUUACCGAGAGCUUGACAGGCAGAAUACCGGAUUCAUCGAGACCGACUUCAUGCGGGACCUUCACUGUCUUGCUCUUGACAUUAUGGGACGAAGCGCAUUCGACAAGGGAUUCGGCCAGAUCGAAAACAUCUUCGAUCCGUCCAGAAUUGUCUCCAAGAGGGACCAGGCUUGGUCAAGGAUUCCCAAUGCCAUUUUCGAUGGUCAGGUCAACCGAUACCGAUUUGUUUUCUUCAAGCGCGCGCUUCGCCGCAUGGGCAUCAACAUCGAGUUUGACUGGCCGAAAGCGAUGACAUCGGUAAUACCGUCUGCUCACCAUUGUCGUGGCACACAGGCUGACCACACAUCGCAGGCAAUCUCAGAGCUCAUCGACAUGCGAGCCGGGCAAUCUGGGACCAACCGCAUUGAUGUCCUGCAGCAUAUGCUCGACAACGGCCAAAGACCUGACACUGGAGCGUGGAUGACGAACCAAGACAUCAUCGAUCAAAUGUCGGAGAUCCUGCUGGCAGGAUCCGAGACCACCUCCGGCACUGUCGCUUGCCUUUUCCUCGAGCUCGCUCGCAACCCGAGGGUCCGCGCGAAGCUCUUGGCAUCAUUGCCAGCGCUGGGCCGUCAUGACGCUAUCCUUGAUAGCAAAACGGUGCGCGAGGGCCAGGUCUUCAAGUAUCUCGAAGCUUGCAUUAAGGAAAACCUGCGCCUCCACCCGAUUGCAUCCGAGAUGGGUCGACGGACCAUUGAGCAGGGCGUCACUCUCGACGGGCACGAGAUUCCUCCUUACACCGUCGUCUCAGCUUCUUAUAGGCAGCUCCACACGGAUGAGCGAUACUGGCCCCAGGCUCAGAUGUUCUGGCCCGAAAGGUGGCUGGAUGAAGACGAACGCGAAGGCGCGCCGGCCCCCGAUCUGGACGCGUACUACCCCUUCUCCACUGGUAAACACUCUUGCAUCGGCCAGAACUUCGCCUACGCCGAAAUUCGCACCGUCGCCGCGAACAUUUUGUCUAGAUUCGACAUUGAAGAACCGAAGUACAAGCACAUCGAGUUCCGCCAAUUCAUUACGAUGCAGUUCCACGACGGGUCUUGGAACGUCGUCCUAACGCCCCGCAAGGUUUGACGCACGCGGCGCGAAGCGCCAAGUCAAAUUUCAAAUCCUAAAUGCUCCCGCAUUGUCGAGCACAUUGCCAUGCACGUGCCAUGGCUCACUGAGUCGGGAUCAGAUGUUGCUUCUCCGAAAUACGAUGCACCUUUCUGUAGCGGGCCAAUACUUUGAUUGUCAAACACAACACGAUGGAAUUGAGCCGUCGUGUUAAUCUGUUUCAUCCCACGAUCCUAUGGUCCGGCAUAGCAGAAUCUGUGAAGAGCCCCCAUCUGUUAUUUCUGUUCGAUAUCAGCCUGAACAGUCAGGCCGCUAGGGACAGAUCGAGGUACAGCAGCUGCAACCAACCUAUCUGGACCAAGCGCGCCUCUCCCGAUUACAGGCGGUUUUACCGAUGUGCUCCUUGAUGGCUUCCAAUCGCCGUCUCUGCAAUUGUCAUAGU